AUGGUUAAAUCAAUUAGAGAUACUAAAUUCGCACGGAUUAUAAGCGAAAUUUUUAGAAAUACACAUAUAAAUUUCAUUAUAACCUCUUGCCUUAUACUUAUCGCAACAUAUCUCGUUGUAUUAGCAGCAUUCGGUCGAAGUUUCAUUCAUCCAUUCACUAGCGGUGAGCAAUCAAUAGUGGACGCCAGAAAUGCUACCGCUUCAACCUCCGAUAUCUCAAGUCUCAUAACCUCAGCGUUCUCAUUAUUCUUUUUAUUAAUUAUUUCAUUGUGUGUUGGACAAUUAUUUGACUACGUUUCACUACCGCCGUUGUUUGGUUGCUUGUUGGUGGGUUUAUUGGUGAAAAAUAUCGCUGUCUUUCACGAAAUGUUCUACGUGAAUCCAAAAUGGGAAUGGUGUAUACGGACACUUGCGCUUACCGUAAUCCUUGUACGUUGUGGCAUAGGACUCAGUUGGGAUUACCUGAAAGAGGCUAUGGUGGUCACGCUCAGCCUUGGCAUCAUAACAGCCGCUAUAGAAAGCGCUGCUAUCGCCCUUGCUGCUAUUUUUAUUUUUGGAUGGUCCGUUUCGAUGGCGUUGAUUUGUGGAUUCAUAUUGACCGCUGUUUCACCGGCCGUUACUGUUCCUACUAUGCUUGACCUACAGAGCCAAGGACUGGGGACAAGAAAAGGCAUCCCAACAUUAGUCCUGGCUUCAGCUACUCUUGAUAACAUUUUCUGCAUAACAGCAUUCUCAGCUGCUGUUUCAAUAGUAUCCGCAACAGAGCCAAUUGGUGAAGUUAUUGCGGUGACCGUAGCACAACUAAUUAUUGGUGCGAUAAUUGGACUAAUUAUGGGCUGGCUACUAUGGUGGUUCCCGAUUUCCUACGUUGAGAACAGCUCAGUUAGUCGUACCCUUCUGUUCGCCACAGUCCCUUCAGCUUGUGUUCUUGGCGGCAACGUCCUUGGAUUUCCCAGUGGUGGAAUUAUUGCAGCGGUCCUAAUAUGUUUCAUAGCAAGCAACCGAUGGAAAAUUGACAAUGACGACAAGAUCAUCUAUGAAGAGAAAGCGUUUGCUCUCCUAUGGAAUCUCUUCUUUAUGCCGUUACUGUUCGCGUUGAUUGGCAUGAAACUCGAUUUUUCUACAAUGACUUGGACUACGGUAUUGACUGGAUGUGCAUUAAUUGGGAUCGGAGCUUUGUUCAGAUUCUUCUCGGGAAUCGUCUUCUCAUGUUGCUCCGAUUUUAACAUUAAAGAGCAACUCGUUAUUGCUCUAUCGUUAAUCCCAAAAGCUACAGUUCAGGCUGCACUAGCACCUACAAUCACUGCUUUGGCUAUUAGCUUACCUGAUCUACAACAGGAAGCGCAUACGGCAGUAACAGCAUGUAUACUAACGAUUCUGAUCACAGCUCCGUUAGGUCAAUAUAUCCUAUCCAAGACGUCACCAGUACUCCUCAGAAAUACACGGAUAGUCGGCAUUGCGAAGAGCACAUUAGAGGAUAUGGAAUUUGGGAACAAAGGUAUUAACGGUGUGGGAGCUACCGUAAUCACAACUCAAAUUGAAGAAAAUGUUCGAUUUCAAAGAUUUUAA